CCUUCGAAUACAUUUUCCCAACUGAACGAACUAUCGUAUCUCUUUUUACCUAUGUGUCCAUCUGGCGACGUUUGAUCACUCUCCUUCACCAAACGUUACUCUCUCAUCCAAUGAGAUCCAAAUGCAUGCAGAAAAACAAUGGAUAGGUACGUCCAAAACUUCCUCAACAAGCUAUCUUUAGCUUUCCUCAUUAUAGCCAGCCUUCUCCUUUUCCUUCUUUUCAUUAAAACCCCUGAAACCUGCGUUAAUCCCAAUCUCACAAAACCUAAGCCCCACCACCGUUUCCCCAAAUCCACCUGCCAUUUCUCCCACCGAUCUAAAACCUCCAUAAAGAAACACAACCGUCGUCUAUGGUCCACAAAAGCCUGGAUCCAAACAGUUCAAUCAUUUAAAGACCAAUUCCAGACUCUACAGGCGAAGAAUCUCUUCUCUAAACAUUCACGGGCCCUUGUGGUCUCCGCCGGGCCGGGUCAUGCGGUUAUGGCCCUAAAAGAAAUGGGCCUUCACGACGUUACAGGAGCUGAGCUCGUGGACUCGCCGCCGCUUGUCAGCCGCGCGGAUCCGCAUAAUCUGCCAUUUUUUGAUAAUGCAUUUGAUCUCGGGUUUAGUGUGUAUUUGGAUCGGGCAUUGUUUCCGGAUAGAUAUGUUAGGGAAAUGGAGAGAGCGGUGAGAGUUGGCGGCGCGUGUGUAGUGGCUGUGGAAGAGUGUGGCGGCGAAGUGGUGGAGGAAGUGGUGAAAUUGUUCCGAAAGUCUAAGGUGCUGGGGGUAAGGAAUGUGACAAUGGGUGGAGAAAAAAGGACUAGAAUCGUCAUGAGAGUUACAAGUGACUGAAUUGGAGGGGGGGGCAAAAACCUAUUAAAACUACAAUAAAUAGUAGAUACGUACACAUAACUUUAAAAAUAUAAUGGGUUCAACGCCAAAAAUAAUAAAUGUAGAACCCACGAAGCUAAAAUUCUGGAUCCGCCUCUUGGAGUAUGCAGUUGAUAUGCUUAUCCUUCCUAGUAAAUUUUUUCUUCGCAAUUCGGUUGAAAUUGAUUCUUUUUGGUGAAAUAUCAACUGCAUGUUGGAUUAUCUUGCAUAAGAUGGUAUAUUCAUCUACUUGUAUUUUGUUACUCUUCAUAAAAAUGAGCAUGGACGAGGGACUUUCUAAUGAGCAUAGACUAGGGACUUUCUCCAGGUAGAUCAGAGAGUUUUAACUUAGUGAUACUUUGUAAGUGUAGACUUAAUAUAAAUGUAUACUUUUGAAAAGAAAAAAAAACUAGUCCGAGGUGAAGAUAAGUGCGAUGUUUGUAUUGCUGGUGAUAGGUAGGACUACACUGGAUAUGUAAUUGUUUGUUGUAAUGAUAGUCCGCAGUGAACAU